AUGGCUGCGGAGGUGCUCGACGGGGCCGGCGACCAGGCCAGCAACAAGACAGCGCUGUCCGCGGACUUCCAGAACCUUCUCAAAAUCGAAAAGAGUGUGCUUUCCUGUGUUGAUCUCAGUGCGGAUCUUGUCGAGGAGCUGGCGCAGGUGGGCGAAGCGGACAAGCAAAAGGCAUACAAAUUCUGCAAUGAGUUCAUGAACAAUGUACAGAAUGCCCAACAGACUGUGGUGAGCGCUGUGGAGAAACACCAUGGGCCUCGUGACUUCGAGGUGACCAUCUAUCCGUCUCUUGCCAAGAGCUACAUUGUCGCUGAGAAGGUCAAGGUCCUGCAGCUGCACCUGAAGGAAAUGGAGAAAUGGAUGAACUCAGAGGGCUGA